CGAAUAGCACGCAUGCGCGCCGUACACAAAGGACCUCCGGAGGAUCGGUAAAGGUUAAAAAUGUCAAGGAAUUUGUCUACGGGAAUCUCAAACACAACACACCAGUUUUGCUAUCUUUGUCCAGAUAUUUAAGAAGUGCAGCAAGGGUUUCACACGAUCAUCCUUCCUGCUCAGACUGUGGGGAGGGAUUCACUCGAUUGUCCUUCCUGCUCAGACUGUAUGGAGGGAUUCACUCUGUCAUCUAACUGACUGGCACACCCAUCGUUUUACAUGGGAGUUCACCUGCUCAGACAGUGGGAAUGGAUUCACUCGGUCAUUUCAACUGAAGGUACUUCAGCAAGUUCACACUGGGCAGAGGCUGGUCAUCUGCUGAACUUGUGGGAAAGGAUUCACUCGGUCAUCUGACCUAAUGGCUCACCAGCGAGUUCACACCAGGGAGUGGCCGUUCACCUGCUCAGACAGUGGGAAUGGAUUCACUCGGUCAUUUCAACUGAAGGUACUUCAGCAAGUUCACACUGGGCAGAGGCUGGUCAACUGCUGGAAUUGUGGGAAAGGAUUCACUCAGUCAUCUGACCUAAUGGCUCACCUGCGAGUUCACACUGUGGAGAGUCCGUUCAUCUGUUCAGACUGUGGGAAGGGAUUCAUUUCGCCAUCUAAACUGAAGAUACAUCAGAGAGUUCACACUGGAGAGAGGCCGUUCACCUGCUCAGAUUGUGGGAAGGGAUUCACUCAGUCAUCCUACCUACUGGUACACCAGUCAGUUCACACUGGGGAAAGGCCGUUCACCUGCUCAGAGUGUGGGAAAGGAUUUACUCAAUCAUCCACCCUAAUGGCUCACCAGCGAGUUCAUAGUGGGGAGCGGCUGUUCACCUGCUCGGACUGUGGGAGGGGGUUCACUCGGUCAUAUAAACUGAAGGUACAUCAGCGAGUUCACACUGGUGAGAGGCCAUUCUCCUGCUCGGACUGUGGGAAGGGAUUCACUCAGUCAUGUCUACUGAAGUUACAUCAGCGAGUUCACACUGGGGAGCGGCCGUUCACCUGCUCAGAAUGUGGGAAGGGAUUCACUUGCUCAUCUCAACUGAAGGUACAUCAGCGAGUUCAUACUGGGGAGAGGCCGUUCACCUGCUCAGUCUGUGGGAAGGGAUUCACUUUGUCACCUCACCUACUGAGACACCAGUUAGUUCAUACCGGGGAGUGGCCAUUCACUUGCUCAGUCUGUGGAAAGGGAUUCACUGAAUCAUCUUUCCUGCAGAGACACCAGUCAGUUCACACUGGGAAGUGGCGGUUCACCUGCUCAGACUGUGGGAAGGGAUUCAAUCGGUCAUCUCACCUGCUGUCACACCAGUCAGCCCAUACAGGGAAAGGGCCGUUCACCUGCUCAGUCUGUGGGAAGGGUUUCAUUUCAUCAUCUCAACUGAAGGUACACCAGCGAGUUCACACUGGGGAGAGGCCAUUCACCUGCUCAGACUGUGGGAAGGGAUUCACUUCGUCAUCUCAACUGAAGGUACAUCAGAGAGUUCACACUGGGGAGAGGCCAUUUACCUGCUCAGACUGUGGGAAGGGAUUCACUCGGACAUAUCAACUACAGAGACACCAGCGAGUUCACACUGGGUAGAGGCCGAUUUCAUGCUCAGACUUUGGGGAAAAAUCCUCUCCGCCAAAUCAACCAAAUGUGUAUCACUGUUGACACUGGGGAGAUUCCGUUCACCUGCUGUGAAUGUGGGAAACGAUUCACUCAGUGAAUUAACCUUGCGUAACUCUCACUUCAGCUAGCAGCUUAAUAUAAGGGGUGAUAGACCCCAGCCUGGCUAAACUUGCCAAAUAUCAUUUGGAUGGAUGCUGUGUGAUGUGUCCCCCAUUACAAAUCAGUACCCUGAAAUAACAGUAAACAAUAUGUGAUUAAACGAUUGAGCUUUGUAAUUCUUACUUUGACCAGAGGGUUAGUAAAGAAAACAAAUUAAAAAAAAGAAAAAGGACCCACUCUCUCCAUUUGCAUUUUCUCAACUCUCCUUGGCAAAAGACUAUAAAAAUCUCUCUUCCAGACUCACAAGAAAGAACAUUUCUGUCAUUGGAUAGCCCCAUAGUCGUAGCCUAAACAUUGCUGCUACUGAGAAACCAUUACCUCAGCUGGGAAACAUUACUGAGAGGUUGUUACAUCAGCAGUGACACCUUACAGUAUGUUACACUUGUGACACACUACCGGGUUCAAACUUGCGAGAAAGUUUCAAUGAGCUGCAUGCUGGAUAUUUGUCCAUCACCAUUGCUGAAUGCAAUUUCGAGACUGACUGUCGGUGCUGAACUCUGCAAUUAUUGCUGCUGCUCACCACACCCAGUCCUGCACCCUGGUCACUGGGCAUGGGAGGAAUUUCUUCUGCUGCACAUUCACCUUUAAUGGAACUGAAGUUUAAUAUUCUGGAACUGAGACAAGUAAAUCAGUUCUAUUUUAAACUCUGUAUCUGGUACUUACUGAAUUUAUAACACACCUAGUGUACAGUAGAGAGUCAACUCAAGCCAGCUGGACCCUGCCAGUGAUCCAGUUCCACGACAGUUCUUUUAAAUCUUCUCCUGUUGUUCAUCUCUCACUCUCCCUGGGUGGUGAGAUCCACCACUGGAUCCAUAUUCCAGUGGUGACGGAUUCCAAACAGACACCACUCUGUGGUGAAGAGGUUUCCCUUGAGUUUUCUGCAGAGUGAAGAAGUCGAGGAGAAGGAAAUCAGAAGUGGGGUGUGGCAAUGUCAGAGUUGAAACAUUUUGAAGCUGAUUGACAGAGAAAAUCUUUUGUUUGUCUGACUGAUAACACGAACAAUACCUGUGGUGAAGUGCUCCACUGUUUGAGGAACUGUGUGUGUUCGGAAAUGCUUUAUCUAUUAAGGGAGUUGUUCCUGCUUGUAUAUCUUGUAAUAUUAUAUCUGGAUCGUUGUUAUGGAUUGUCCUAUCUGAAAUAAUGUAUUGAUUAAUGUAUAAUUUUGUCAUCAUUUCAUCUGCUCAGAUUGUUGGGAUGUCUCCCAUGGAGGAUCAUACUCGUUCAACUGAUUAAUGUUUCCUUCCAUAGUGAUGAUUAAUUUUUCGGAGUUGGCCUCUCAUUUAAGAUUUCCGGUCUGUAUUUCUUAUCACAAUUGCAUAUACACACAUGGAGUGCUGAAUCCAGUUCAUUUUUGAUGAAAACAUAUAUACCUAGAAGUUUUAUCUGACUGUUCUGUGAUAUUUUUUAUUUCAUGUGUGUUAUUUCCCUUCCUCCAUCUGUCCAAGGUAGUGUAAAUUUAAGUGGGUUUGAGUGUAAAUAGUCUUUUCUAAAGCUUUCUUAAGUUAUUGUUUAUCUUUCUAAAUUUUACUAAUUGAAAUGGGACCAAGAUAUUUUUAUAAAAAAAAAGUCA